CCCGCCCCGUCCCGUCCCGUCCCGUCCCGUCCGGCGCGGCCCGCCCCGCCCCGCCCGGCCCGGCCCAGCCCUGCUCCCUGCAGGCGGCAGCCCGGGCGCUUCCUAGUCGGCGGGGCGGCCGCCCAGGCGAGGUGCGGCCUCCGCGCGGGCGGGGGGCGUCGGCGCCGUGGGCCGCCAUGGCCGCGUCCGAGCUCUACACAAAGUUUGCCAGGGUUUGGAUACCUGAUCCUGAGGAAGUUUGGAAGUCGGCAGAGCUACUGAAAGAUUAUAAGCCGGGAGAUAAAGUCCUUCUGCUUCACCUCGAGGAAGGAAAGGAUUUGGAAUAUCGUCUAGAUCCAAAGACCAAGGAACUGCCUCACUUAAGAAACCCUGACAUACUUGUGGGUGAAAAUGACCUCACGGCCCUCAGCUAUCUUCAUGAGCCUGCUGUGCUCCACAAUCUCAGAGUCCGCUUUAUUGAUUCAAAACUUAUUUAUACAUAUUGUGGUAUAGUCCUAGUAGCUAUAAAUCCUUAUGAACAGCUGCCUAUUUAUGGAGAAGAUAUUAUUAAUGCAUACAGUGGUCAGAACAUGGGUGAUAUGGAUCCACAUAUCUUUGCAGUGGCUGAAGAAGCUUACAAGCAAAUGGCCAGAGAUGAACGAAAUCAGUCCAUCAUUGUAAGUGGAGAAUCUGGGGCAGGAAAAACAGUCUCAGCUAAGUAUGCCAUGCGGUACUUUGCAACUGUAAGUGGUUCUGCCAGUGAAGCCAAUGUUGAGGAAAAGGUCUUGGCCUCCAACCCAAUCAUGGAGUCAAUUGGAAAUGCUAAGACAACCAGGAAUGAUAAUAGCAGCCGUUUUGGGAAGUAUAUUGAGAUUGGUUUUGAUAAGAGAUAUCGAAUCAUUGGUGCCAAUAUGAGAACUUACCUUUUAGAGAAAUCCAGGGUGGUGUUCCAGGCAGAAGAGGAGAGAAACUAUCAUAUCUUCUAUCAGCUUUGUGCCUCAGCAAAGUUACCUGAAUUUAAAAUGCUGCGAUUAGGAGAUGCAAAUAACUUUCAUUACACGAUGCAAGGUGGCAGUCCUGAGAUUGAAGGAGUGGAUGAUGCCAAGGAGAUGGCAAAUACCAGGCAGGCCUGCACUUUGCUAGGAAUUAGUGAAUCUUACCAGAUGGGAAUUUUCCGAAUACUUGCUGGAAUCCUUCACUUAGGCAAUGUUGGAUUUACGUCUCGAGAUUCAGACAGCUGCACAAUACCUCCCAAGCAUGAACCUCUCAGCAUCUUCUGUGACCUCAUGGGUGUGGACUAUGAGGAGAUGUGUCACUGGCUCUGCCAUCGGAAGCUGGCUACUGCCACAGAGACAUACAUCAAGCCCAUCUCCAAGCUGCAGGCCACAAAUGCCCGUGAUGCUUUGGCCAAGCACAUCUAUGCCAAGCUCUUUAGCUGGAUUGUAGAUCAUGUCAAUCAAGCUCUCCAUUCUGCUGUCAAACAGCACUCUUUUAUUGGUGUGCUGGACAUUUAUGGAUUUGAAACAUUUGAGAUAAAUAGUUUUGAACAGUUUUGCAUAAAUUAUGCAAAUGAAAAACUACAGCAACAAUUCAAUAUGCAUGUCUUCAAAUUAGAACAAGAGGAAUAUAUGAAGGAACAAAUUCCAUGGACACUCAUAGAUUUUUAUGAUAAUCAGCCUUGCAUUAAUCUUAUAGAAUCUAAACUGGGCAUUCUAGAUUUGUUGGAUGAGGAAUGCAAGAUGCCUAAAGGUACAGAUGACACUUGGGCCCAAAAAUUGUACAACACGCACUUGAACAAAUGUGCACUCUUUGAAAAGCCCCGUCUAUCAAACAAAGCUUUCAUCAUCCAACAUUUUGCUGACAAAGUGGAAUACCAGUGUGAAGGCUUUCUGGAAAAGAAUAAAGACACUGUUUUUGAAGAACAAAUUAAAGUUCUUAAAUCAAGCAAGUUUAAGAUGCUACCAGAAUUGUUUCAAGAUGAUGAGAAGGCCAUCAGUCCAACCUCAGCCACCUCUUCAGGGCGCACGCCCCUCACCCGCACUCCUGUAAAGCCCACCAAAGGCAGACCAGGCCAGAUGGCCAAAGAGCACAAGAAGACAGUGGGGCACCAGUUCCGAAACUCCCUUCACCUGCUUAUGGAGACCCUGAACGCCACUACCCCUCACUACGUCCGCUGCAUUAAGCCUAAUGACUUCAAGUUCCCAUUCACGUUUGAUGAGAAGAGGGCAGUGCAGCAGCUGAGAGCGUGUGGUGUCCUGGAAACCAUCCGAAUCAGCGCAGCGGGAUUCCCCUCGCGGUGGACUUACCAAGAGUUUUUCAGCCGCUACCGUGUCCUAAUGAAGCAAAAAGAUGUGCUGAGUGACAGGAAGCAAACGUGCAAGAAUGUAUUGGAGAAACUGAUCCUGGACAAGGACAAAUACCAGUUUGGUAAGACAAAGAUCUUUUUCCGUGCCGGUCAAGUGGCCUAUCUAGAAAAGCUGAGGGCGGACAAGCUGAGAGCCGCCUGCAUCCGGAUCCAGAAGACGAUCCGAGGGUGGCUGCUGCGGAAGAAGUACCUUCGCAUGCGGAAGGCGGCCAUCACCGUGCAGAGAUACGUGCGCGGCUACCAGGCCCGAUGCUAUGCUAAGUUCCUGCGCAGAACCAAGGCAGCAACCAUCAUUCAGAAGUACUGGCGCAUGUACAUAGUUCGCAAGAGGUACAAGAUUAAACGAACUGCUACUAUCGUUCUUCAGUCUUAUUUGCGAGGCUACUUAGCCAGAAAUAGGUAUCGCAAGAUACUCCGUGAGCACAAAGCAGUCAUCAUUCAGAAGUGGGUCCGGGGCUGGCUGGCUCGCACUUACUACAAGAGGAGCAUGCAUGCCAUUAUCUACCUUCAGUGCUGUUUCCGACGGAUGAUGGCCAAGCGCGAGCUGAAAAAGCUCAAGAUCGAGGCCCGAUCCGUGGAGCGCUAUAAGAAGCUCCACAUUGGCAUGGAGAACAAGAUCAUGCAGCUGCAGCGCAAAGUUGAUGAGCAGAACAAAGACUACAAAUGCCUCAUGGAGAAACUGACCAAUCUGGAAGGAAUAUACAACUCUGAGACUGAGAAACUACGAAAUGACUUAGAACGUCUUCAGCUAAGUGAGGAGGAAGCAAAGAUUGCCACCGGGCGGGUCCUCAGUCUGCAGGAAGAAAUUGCCAAGCUCCGGAAAGACCUGGAACAAACUCAGUCAGAGAAGAAAUCCAUUGAAGAACGUGCAGAUAGAUACAAACAAGAAACUGAGCAGCUGGUAUCAAAUCUGAAGGAAGAAAAUACUUUGCUGAAGCAGGAAAAGGAGGCCCUCAAUCACCUUAUCGUGGAGCAGGCUAAGGAAAUGACAGAGACUAUGGAGAAGAAGUUGGUAGAAGAAACAAAACAACUGGAACUUGAUCUUAAUGAUGAAAGGCUGAGAUAUCAGAACCUUCUGAAUGAGUUCAGUCGCUUGGAAGAACGAUAUGAUGACCUCAAGGAAGAGAUGACUCUGAUGGUGAACGUGCCUAAGCCUGGACACAAGAGAACAGACUCCACCCACAGCAGCAAUGAGUCUGAAUACACCUUUAGCUCUGAAAUUACGGAAACUGAAGACAUUCCAUCAAGGACAGAGGAGCCAAGCGAGAAGAAGGUGCCUCUGGACAUGUCAUUGUUCCUCAAGCUCCAGAAGCGGGUCACAGAGCUGGAGCAGGAGAAGCAGGUGAUGCAGGAUGAGCUGGACCGCAAGGAGGAGCAGGUGCUCCGCAGCAAGGCCAAGGAAGAAGAAAGACCGCAAAUUAGAGGUGCAGAACUGGAGUAUGAGUCACUUAAGCGUCAAGAACUAGAAUCAGAAAACAAAAAACUGAAAAAUGAGCUAAAUGAGUUACGCAAGGCACUCAGUGAGAAAAGUGCCCCGGAGGUGACCGCUCCAGGUGCACCAGCCUACCGUGUCCUCAUGGAGCAGCUGACCUCUGUGAGUGAGGAGCUCGAUGUCCGCAAGGAGGAGGUCCUCAUCUUGAGGUCUCAGCUGGUGAGCCAGAAAGAGGCCAUCCAACCCAAGAAUACAAUGACAGAUUCCACAAUACUUUUGGAAGAUGUACAAAAAAUGAAAGAUAAAGGCGAAAUAGCACAAGCAUACAUUGGUUUGAAAGAAACAAACAGAUCAUCUGCUAUGGAUUGCCAUGAGUUGAAUGAGGAUGGAGAGCUGUGGCUGGUUUAUGAAGGGUUAAAACAAGCCAACAGGCUCCUGGAAUCCCAGCUCCAGUCGCAGAAGAGGAGCCAUGAGAAUGAGGCUGAAGCCCUCCGCGGGGAGAUCCAGAGCCUGAAGGAGGAGAACAACCGGCAGCAGCAGCUGCUGGCCCAGAACCUGCAGCUGCCCCCGGAGGCCCGCAUCGAGGCCAGCCUGCAGCAUGAGAUCACCCGGCUGACCAACGAAAACUUGUAUUUUGAGGAAUUAUAUGCAGAUGACCCUAAGAAGUAUCAGUCAUAUCGGAUUUCACUGUACAAACGGAUGAUUGAUUUGAUGGAACAACUUGAAAAACAAGAUAAGACUGUCCGGAAACUGAAAAAACAACUGAAAGUAUUUGCCAAAAAAAUUGGUGAACUAGAAGUGGGCCAGAUGGAGAACAUCUCCCCAGGACAGAUCAUUGAUGAACCCAUCCGUCCAGUCAACAUUCCCAGGAAAGAAAAGGAUUUCCAAGGAAUGCUGGAAUACAAGAAGGAGGAUGAGCAGAAACUUGUUAAGAACCUGAUUCUGGAACUGAAGCCGCGUGGUGUAGCAGUCAAUUUAAUUCCAGGGUUACCAGCAUAUAUCCUCUUUAUGUGUGUGCGACAUGCUGACUACCUGAAUGAUGAUCAGAAAGUAAGGUCAUUGCUAACAUCAACAAUUAACAGCAUCAAAAAAGUAUUAAAGAAAAGAGGUGAUGAUUUUGAAACUGUCUCCUUCUGGCUCUCUAACACAUGCCGAUUUUUGCACUGCUUGAAGCAGUACAGUGGAGAAGAGGGCUUUAUGAAACACAACACAUCUCGCCAGAAUGAACACUGCCUCACCAAUUUUGACCUGGCUGAGUACCGGCAGGUGCUAAGUGACUUGGCCAUUCAGAUCUACCAGCAGCUUGUGCGGGUGUUAGAGAACAUCCUUCAGCCAAUGAUCGUCUCUGGCAUGCUGGAGCAUGAAACCAUUCAGGGAGUAUCUGGGGUGAAGCCCACAGGGCUAAGAAAGCGGACUUCCAGCAUCGCCGAUGAGGGCACCUACACGCUGGACUCCAUCCUCCGGCAGCUCAACUCCUUCCAUUCGGUCAUGUGUCAGCACGGCAUGGACCCCGAGCUAAUCAAGCAGGUGGUCAAGCAGAUGUUCUACAUUGUGGGGGCCAUCACCCUCAACAACCUCCUCCUGCGGAAGGACAUGUGCUCCUGGAGUAAAGGCAUGCAGAUCAGGUACAAUGUCAGUCAGCUGGAAGAAUGGCUACGUGACAAGAAUCUGAUGAACAGUGGGGCUAAAGAAACCCUGGAACCUCUCAUUCAGGCUGCUCAGCUUUUGCAAGUGAAAAAGAAAACAGAUGAUGAUGCAGAAGCCAUUUGUUCCAUGUGCAAUGCGUUAACUACUGCCCAGAUUGUCAAAGUGUUAAAUUUGUAUACUCCAGUUAAUGAGUUUGAAGAACGAGUGUCUGUAUCGUUUAUUCGUACUAUACAGAUGCGUUUACGAGACAGGAAGGACUCUCCUCAGCUGCUCAUGGAUGCUAAACACAUCUUUCCUGUCACCUUCCCUUUUAACCCAUCCUCUCUCGCGCUGGAAACCAUCCAGAUCCCAGCCAGCCUGGGCCUGGGCUUCAUAUCACGGGUCUGAACGUGAGGGCAAGGCAAACAGGGACAGUACAUUUCUUGCCUGAAAUAAGAACCCAUUAUUUCCAGUGAGCUACUGAAAACACAUUUUUAAAGAGAAAGUACUGAUUAUCUCCUAAACAAGAGGUUCUUAACUGGAAAUCUCCCUAGAAUACUUUCAUCACCUUGGAAAGAAAGAUAGGCUCCUUUGUACUGUGUUACCUUUAUAGCAACACUCAUCCGUGAGCAGUUAGGUAUCCUGAGUUUACAUGCAGGUGAAUGACGAAAGGAAGGAAGAUAAAUGUGUCUUCAGAUGCCAGCAUCUAAAUGGUAUAAAAAAGGUAAAUUCCAGAUAUGAGCUGUUGUUAGGAAGGCGCCAACAAAGAACGUCGUCUGCACUACGCAGAACUGAAAGAAAAAUCGCCGUUGAGUACGUAUCAUAUCAGUUUAGGAAUCAGUUAUGCUGAUAUUGUCAAACUGGAUCAAAGAAAUAAACUGGCAAUAUGUAAAGUAA